AUGGAGCGGACAGCUGAGCAUGUGGCGCCAGCGACACCGCCUGGCGCUCUGGAUGCCCAACACUCCAACAUUUCUACCUCGGCGGAUCUCCAGCCACCUAUGAAUGCCUGGAUGCCACAACCCGACCUGAACCUGCAGGAAAACUCUUCCGGUAUUGCAUCACAAGUUUCUUGCUGCUCUGGGGACCAGAACUACCCUGCCGCAACCGGCUGGGAUCACUCCGUCACCCCCAGAUCAACCUUGGCUGGCAAAUCUGGCCAUCUCUAUCCCGGGCAAUUACCGCAAUCACUAGUGAAAGAUGGGAGCUGGGGUCAAAAGUCCUACGACCAGUUCGAAUUUUAUCCGUUUGACCCUGACGCCCCCAUAGGCCAGGCUUACACUACCGACGAAAGCAUUCCCAUCAUUGACCUACGAUUCUCGCAACCCCGGCAUGAGGCUGAGCAUUCCUACUCUGAUCUGUCAGAAAACGGUCGCUCGGAUAUUCCCACUGGUGUAUCGGCACCGGGCGGCUUCUCCGACCUACCGACCACUGGCAGCAGCGAUGACGUCUCGACUACACUCUCCGAAGCGCCUACUUUUUCCGAAUACGGAACUCUGUCCAACAGAACAUCUCUCAUGUCCUCGGCACAUCUAUCGCCCGUCGCUUCGCCUCGUCUAACGCCCCAAAAUAGACCGGACCAGGUACGAGCUCAGAGCCGCGGCCGCGCCUCGCCUUCUCCUCGCCCCAGUAUGCGCUCUGCACCAUACAGCACAGACGGUCUCCGCAACGCAGCUCGAUGGUCUACUGGCUCACAUAAUGUCGCUCAAAACCGUCGUCACUCACCUUUUGGGUACGGAUCCAUGCCGGAAACAACCAUGCCUUCGCAACGCUACUCCAUGCAGGCCCCAGUCUCGUCGUCCAUGGCUCCAGGACUGUCACACAACAUGGUUUCUGGGCCAGGAAGCAAUAUGCCUAUGCAGCCAUCAUAUGUUCCUUCUAUUCCCAUGGGUGGCUACCGAAACAGUACUAUGAUGAUGCCGCCGCGCAUGGGUCAUCCGCUGCCGACUUCCCACGCCAUGCAUCACGACAAUAGCCACCACAGCCUGCCGCAACCCCCGACACUGGCAUCCCACGGCCUACUCAAGUUAUUGCAAAACAACAUCGAGUCGCAGUCCUUUCAUGGUCACUACUCAGACCUCUCAGCCCCGCCUGACUUGUACCCGGCGCUCCACGAAGAGCCAGCCCCCCCGCCCCCAGAGGACAUGAACCCGUCGGACCCCGACAUGGUUCCUUAUGAGCAGGAGCUUCGCUUCGACGGCGACAUGUACACGCCAAAAUGGGUGCGCGGCCACGGCAACAAGCGCGAGGGUUGGUGUGGCAUCUGCAAGCCGGGUCGCUGGCUGGUCCUCAAGAACUCGGCCUACUGGUACGACAAGUCGUUUACGCACGGCAUCAGCGCCGCCACGGGUGCACCAUUCCAGGAGCCGUUAGACAAAAGACGAAUGGAUGGAAAUCCGGAUGUUUGGGAGGGUCUAUGCGGAAGCUGCAACAAGUGGAUUGCGUUGGUGAGCAGCAAGAAGAAGGGUACAACAUGGUUCCGUCAUGCGUACAAGUGUCACUCUCACGCUAAAAUUAAGGACACUCCCAAGCGAAGGAGAGACCAGGUGCACAAUCAACGCAUACCUGGCCCUCCUCUGUCGGUUGGCCUCGCGGGUAUACACGAUCAGCAGCAGCGCCCAGGCACGCCGCCACCAACGCUACCUCACGGCCUCUCAAAUGCAUCGUGCGUCUUGAAUCAUGACUGGUCAACAUGGAUACAACUUUUGGCAGAGCCAGGUAAUCGGAUACGAGGACUGGUCUCUAAUCUCCACGCGUUGGAUAUUGACUAG